AUGGCAAAAUGCAUGAGGGAAGUGAAGGAUGCACUUGAGAAGAUGGUGAUGGAUCCAAGUUGGAGAAUGCAUCUAAAAUGGGAUGGAAAAUCAGCAAUUGGAAUCAAGGCUAGGGAAGUUAAAAUUUCCAUUGUGAGUGAUAGUUGGUGGGCUGAUUUGGAAUAUCUCUUGGAUUUUACUGAGCCUAUUGUUGAAUUUCUAAGGUUAGCAGACACUAAUGCUCCUGUUCUCCAUUUGAUUUAUGAUAUGUGGGACACAAUGAUUGAGAAAGUUAAAUCUAGAAUAUUUGGACAUGAAAAACAAGAUCUGCUCACUGGCCAAUCUAAUUUCUUUGAUCUUGGAUUGGAGGUGGAAGUGAUGGAGUUCCACGGCUCUCACCACAUGAAGAUUAAGAGCAAUCAAGAUGAUCUUCGAAAAGUUUAUAUCGAAUAUGGAGCUUUUUCAAGUGGAUCUGGUUACUUUAAUGAGCCUCAUGUUAUUGAUGCAAAAUUGUAUGAGGAACCAAUUUCAUGGUGGGCUAAUCAUGGUGCUUCAACACCAAUGUUACAAACUUUAGCAUUCAAGUUGCUUUCACAGCCCGCAUCAUCAUCUUGUUGCGAAAGAAAUUGGAGUACAUAUUCUCUUAUUCAAAGCAUCAAAAGAAACAGAUUGACUACAAGUAGAGCUGAGGAUUUGGUCUUUGUACAUUGCAACCUCCGUCUCUUGUCAAGAAAAAAGAAAGAAUACAAGGAAGGGCCAACAAAGUAUUGGGACUUGUGUGGUGAUAAGUUUGAUAUUGAUGGUAAUACUCUUGGGGAACUUGUGGAGCUUUCCAUCAAUGAGCCUGAGUUAGAGCUUAUGACAUUUGAUGAAGAGUUUGAAGAGAGUACUACCUUAGGGAGUGAAGCAACUGAAGAAUUCCAACAAGGAAUGAUGGAUUGA